GUCAAGUAUAAUUUAUAAUUGUAUAAUUUAAAAUAAAUUAGUGAAUUAAUUUUUUAACGUUGAAAUGGACCAUGAGCGUUGAUAAAUGAAUCACUAAGUGUGACUAAUAUAUGUCUAGAACUCAUUUAUAGUGAUAAAAAUCAGUGUUAAAUAGGAUGACAAAUAUAAUAUUUCAUCUUUAGGCAAAGAAAUCUGAGUGACAAGUAUCACACGUCUUCAUACGUUUCAAAUAAAGUGUAUUAUAUAAAGUUCCUUUUCUUAUAUUUUCUUUCAAAAUAUUCUCUCUGCUUCAUUAUAUUCCCAAAAUUAUUAAAAUGAAAGAUCAGCUUGUCAUAUUUUUAUCAUUAUGUGCUGUUUCUUCUGCGAUUUCGUUCGAUUUUAGAAAAUUAUUUCUUCAUAAUAAAAAACCGAAUCCAAACAACGAACUCAAUACACUGCAGAUGAUAAGAAGAGAGGGUUAUCCAGCUGAAGCUCACGUAACGUUAACGGAAGAUGGUUAUCUGUUGACGAUGCAUCGCAUUCCAGGAAAACCUGGAUCUCCCGCGAUUUUCUUACAACACGGUGUAUUAGGUAGCUCUGCAGAUUGGGUUAUGCUUGGGAAAGAAAAAGCUCUCGCUUAUUUAUUAGCCGAUCAGGGUUACGAUAUAUGGCUUGGAAAUUUUCGUGGUAAUACAUAUUCAAGAGCGCAUGUGUCCAUAUCUCAGGAAGAUUUAAAGUUUUGGGACUUUAGUUGGCAUGAGUCAGGUAUCUAUGAUCUACCGGCGAUGAUCACUUACAUCGUAAAAUUAAAGGAAAAUUUUUUGAAAGCGUAUAUUGGAUUUUCAAUGGGUACAACAUGUUUCUAUGUUAUGGCUAGUGAACGGCCGCAAAUAGCAAGACUGUUGCAAUCAACAUACAGUCUUGCUCCAGUAGUGUUUAUGGAACAUGUAACAAGUCCUUUACGGUAUUUAGCUCCAUUAGCAGAUGAUUAUAAGGUGAUCUUCUCUCUAUUUGGUGAGGGUGAGUUUCUACCGCAAAAUUAUGUUGUAAAAUUCUUAUCAAAAUAUUUAUGUAUCGCUCAAUUUUGGGAGGAAAGAAUUUGUGUUAAUUCACUGUUUGUUCUUGUUGGAUUCGACAGAGCGCAAUUUAAUUAUACGCUGUUGCCUGUAAUUUUGAACCAUACACCGGCUGGUACAUCUUCUAAGACCUUGAUCCAUUAUGCUCAAGGAAUAAAAUCUGGAGAAUUUAAACAAUAUAACUAUGGCGCGAAGCGAAAUAUGGAGGUUUAUAAUAGUAGUGAACCACCUAAGUACAAUUUAUCAAAGAUUACAAUGCCGAUUACAUUGUUUUGUGGUAAUAAUGAUUGGCUGUCUAGUCCUAUUGAUGUGAUGCAAUUAAGCAACGAAUUACCAGAAAAACCAAUUAUUUAUAAAGUGCCAUUUGCGAAGUUUAAUCACAUAGACUUUCUUUGGGCUAUAGAUGCUUUUGAACUAGUCUAUAAAAAAUUGCUUGAUAUGCUGAACUAGUCUCUGCGAGAUACCAAAAAUAUAUAAUAGACUUAAAUAUUAUUUACUAUAUAAUGUAUACAAAAAGAUAUAUUUGUAGAAUAAAAAGUAUCUCAUUAUAUAU